CGCAGAACCGCGCAGAACAGCGGGUCCCGCGCAUGUCCGUAGGCGGUGCUGGGCGCAGGGGCAGCUGGGAAGAUGGCGGCGGCCUGGGUACCUUGGCGGUGGGGCUGGGGGGCCGUGUCCUCCCGCCCGCUUCGAGGCCUUAGUGCAUCACUUGCUCGCAAAGCCCCGCGAGCCUGCUGGCUUCCAGCUUGCAGACAAAAGACAUCACUUUCUUUCCUUAAUCGACCAGACCUUCCAAGCCUGGCUUAUAAGAAGCUAAAAGGCAAAAGUCCAGGAAUAAUCUUCAUCCCUGGCUAUCUUUCUCAUAUGAAUGGUACAAAAGCACUGGCGGUUGAGGAAUUUUGCAAAUCUCUAGGUCACAGCUAUAUAAGGUUUGAUUACUCAGGAGUUGGGGAUUCAGAUGGUAACUUAAAAGAAUGCACAGUGGGGAAAUGGAGAAAAGAUGUACUUUCUGUAAUUGAUGACAUAGCUGAAGGACCACAGAUACUGGUUGGCUCUAGCCUUGGUGGAUGGCUUAUGCUUCAUGCUGCAGUUGCACGGCCACAAAAGGUCGUGGCUCUUGUUGGUGUAGCGACUGCUGCAGAUGGCCUGGUGACUCAGUUUCAUGCACUUCCUGUUGAGGUACAAAAGGAAAUAGAGUUGAAAGGCGAGUGGUCCUUGCCAUCAGAAUACAGUGAAGAAGGAUUUUAUCGUAUUCAGUACAGCUUCAUUAAAGAAGCAGAGCACCACUGCUUGUUACACAGUCCCAUUCCUGUGACCUGCCCUGUGAGAUUGCUCCAUGGCAUGAAGGAUGACAUCAUACCUUGGCAUACGUCCCUGCACGUUGCUGACCGUGUGGUCAGCCCAGAUGUAGAUGUCAUCCUCCGGAAACACAGUGAUCACAGGAUGAAGGAAAAAGCAGACAUCCAGCUUCUUGUUUAUACUAUCGAUGACUUGAUUGACAAGCUUUCAACUCUGGGUCACUAGAAUCACACUUGGGAUUGGUACUGCACUAAUGUGUCCAGAAGACUGAAAGAAGGAUAGCAGAUCAAAGACCCUGACACUGUAGGUUUUCCCUUGUGCUUCUGUUUUGUAAAUAGCAGGUGAAUAUUUAUUUAAUGAUGUCUUUGCACAAAUAGUACAAAUUGUGAUAAAAAUACUGGCUGCUGUUGGAAAAGUCUUUCCUUCAAUCUUUGAUAUUCUUUCCGUUAAAAUAGUACCUAUUUUUUUAUCCAAGACCUUUCUCAUACAUAUGUUAGCUCUGCUAGCUCUUAAUUAUGUUCUGGUGUACUUAAAAUAAAGCUUGAGUAUUUUA